CUCUGAGCCAACAGCAAAAGUACUGCUCACAGGGAGUUUACUUUCAACGUGGAUACAUGGGGUGGGUGUGCGUUUUAUUCCGUUAAGGCCCACCCAGGGGAGUUGUUCAGUCUUCAGUUGAAGAAAGCGGUUCGAGUCUCUCUUCAGGCGAAAUUACUGCCUGGUUUCCUAACACAUAGCGACUGAUGUUGGGAGAGAGAUAGGGCGGAUCUCUGACGGCAGGAUGUCGAGCUGUAGCAGUGUUGGCUGGCUUUGGUUGUGAAGCUGAGGGAUAUCUCCUGCUCGAGAGAGAGAGAGGACGACAGGAGAGUGAAUGAGAUCCGGAAGCUGGGGAUGAGGACCUAUGACAGACUGGGACCCAGAAGAGAUGGUGUUUAAACGCCUGUUCCUGACACUCGAUCAUCAUUUGCACUGGCACAGCUGAAUGCUACAUUCGCAAGAAUAUUGAUAACAUAUGUAAACAUACAUUUCUCCAGCAAAUGCAGUCUUAUGGAUUAAGACCUGGCGCAUGGAGAUAAUCGUGCACUUCUGUUCAGUUAGUCUUUUCUAUCUUCCUCUCAUUCUCGGGAGCUCCAUCCGGAUUGGUCUAGGAAGAAACUACUCUAACCUCUCAGAACAAAGCAUCCUGCCAUGUAAGAAGGAAGAGCUACAAUGCGGGAAUGGCUUGUGUCUCCUGAACUGGUUACAUUGUCAGUAUCGGAAGGAUUGUGGCCGAGAGUACACCUCCGUCAAGUUAAUAUGUUCGAAGAUUCAGUCAAACCAGAGUGGAGGCCACAGUGGAUAUUCACACUACAUGGAUGGCAGCAAUGAUGCCAAUUUGCUGGUGUCACCGCUGGUUGUGGCAGGUAUCGUGAUUGGACUAGUGCUCUUCCUGUCCUGCAUGACCAUCAUUGUCGGAAGCUUGAGAAAAGACAGUCGUUUAGGAAACUCUAAUCUCAGGACCGAGGCAAGUUACGCCCCAGAUGGUUUCUCAUUUGGAGGAUCUGUUGGAGAGCUGCAAUCAACUUGUAUCGAAGAGUAUCCCCCCACUUUCGAUUUUGAUUCCUACAUUGAGACACUGUCCCAGAUCAAUGUGAUGUAUCAGGAUUCACCUCCACAUUACGAGGAAUGUGUGAGUCACCGAGCUCCUGAUCUGUACCUCCCAGAGGAAGACCCUCCACCAUACUCCCUGACUGACCCACACCAGAGGAAUGACUCCACUCACAGGGAGCCCCCUGAGGAAGAGACCAGACCCCAGGGACCGGGGAAUCCCCCUCAUGUCGCAAGCUUUCCCUCCGAAUCCCAGCAAGUGGUCAUGUCGAUCUCCUCCAGCUCCAUGCCCCUGGACCUGGCCCCGCCCUAUGAGCAGGUGGUCUUUGACAGGCAGGAAGUGGCCCUCCCACUAAGCCCAGCGGGGGAGCUAAAGGACACACCUGAGGAAUGCAGACCCAUCUCCCGCACCAUCGUGUAAAAUCCGGUCCGUGUGCUGGAGGGAACGGGCAAAGGAAGGUGCCAUGCAUGUCCUGCCCCCCCAACCCCUAACUCCCCACAGCUCCCCACACCAACUCCUAACUACCACCCACCUCAGUGCAAUAGAGAGGGAAGAAUGCUCGGGGAGUUGGGAACCUACAUCGCUUUUAGCCAAGGGAAGAUGGCAGGGUGGUGGUACUAUCCCUGGAGGCCUGGCUAAUACUCUGGAAACACAGCUGCAAAUCCUACCAUGGCAGCUACGGGAAUUCAAAUUCAAUGACCCGAAAAUCGCGGAACAUUAAUCGAGUCCGUAAUAUUGGAGGCUGCUGUCAAUUUUUGGUAAAAGCCAAUCUGGAUCGCGGAUGUCAUUUUGGGGAAGGAAAUCUGCUGUUUGUUCCCGACCUGGCUUACACAUAACUCCAGUCCCACAGCAAUGUGGUUGACUCUUACCUGCCCUCUGAAAGGACUGUGAGAGCCACUCAGUUUGAGAGCAAUUAGGGACAGGCAUGGAAUGCUGAUCUGGCCAUUGGUCCCCUUCUCCCACAAAAGAAGGAAAAAUGUCUUUUGAAACCUCUAACACAUGACAACAUAAACCAGGUCAAAGUGAGAUGACGUUUCAAUAUUGCAACUUACCGAUUGAGACUUAUCGACGAGAGUGUCAGCUGUGUCUGCUUGUUGACAGCAUCCCCCUUUGAGCUGAGAAGUUGUGAGAUCUGAGCACUACAUCCAGGCUGAGACUCCCAGUACAGUGAGGGGUGGGGGGGGGGCGGGUGCUGCACUGUCAGGGGUCCUACCAUCCAGCCGGCUUGUUAAACCAGCUUGUCCCACUCUCAGCUGGACAGGAAAAAUCCCAGAGCAUUCUCUGACAAACGGAAAGGGAUUUCUCUCCAGUUUCCUGGCCAACAUUUACCCCCUCAAAUUUGAAACCGCCGAAGAAAAAAGUGAUGGUCCGGUCAUUUAUCACACUGUUGUUUGUGGGAUCUUCCUGUGCGCCUAUUGGCUGCUGUUUUUCCCACACUCCAACAGUGACCGCUCCUCAAGAAAGUACUUCAGUGGCUGGAUUGCAAUUUGGGACAUCCUGAGGUCAUCCGAGGCACUACAGAAAUGAAAGUCUUUCACUGGAAGGUCAGUAUAUACUCCCUUGUCACGUUGAUCUUUCUGUGACAACUCCUCCUAACUCUUCCUCAUGAAGUCCCUGUUAAUCAAAUCCACUGUUUGUACCAUGCCUUGUAAUAUGUGCUGUACAUAAAACUGAAUAAAAUACAAUUUGUGCACAAA